UGAACAGGAGAGUGAAGUUGCCCGCAGUUUGCUAAAGCAUCUGUUCGCGAACAGUGUUUCGCAAUAUUUUUUAAUAAUUUAAUAAAAUACCAUAAAAACAAUGCUGUCCAGCCUCAGGACUGGAGUUCAGGGCUUGUGGCGUGUUUCGGCUAGAAGUUUGCAAACCACCUCAGCCUUGCAGCAUGACAGUCUGUUCGUGCAUCGAGACACCCCUGAAGACAACUCCAGCAUCCCCUUCGAGUUUUCACCUGCCAAUCAAAAAAGGAUAGAUGCCCUGCUGGCGAUAUACCCUGAAGGUCAUAAGCGUGGGGCCAUGAUUCCCCUGCUAGAUCUGGCGCAGAGACAGAAUGGAGGAUGGCUCCCCAUCUCUGCUAUGCACAAAGUUGCCGAAAUUCUAAAUCUUCCAAGAAUGAGGGUGUAUGAAGUAGCCACAUUUUACACGAUGUUCAUUAGACGACCAAUUGGUAAAUACCAUGUUCAAGUGUGCACCACAACUCCAUGCUGGCUGCGAGGCUCUGACGCUGUCCUCAAGGCGAUUGUAGAGGCAACGGGCUGCCAAGUGGGAGGCAACAGCCCCUGCGGAAAAUUCUCCGUUUCAGAGGUUGAAUGCCUCGGCGCAUGCGUGAAUGCGCCAAUGGUGCAAGUUAACGACGAUUACUACGAGGAUCUAACUGUAGAAGAUACGAAAGAAAUUAUUGAGAAGCUCAAGAAGGACGAACCAAAACCUGGACCAAGGAGUGGCAGAUUCGCAGCAGAACCUCUCGGUGGAUUGACCUCCCUCACAGAAGAGCCCACAGGUCCUGGCUAUGGACUCCAGGACGCACUCAAAGCUUAAAUCUGUUAAUACUAUAUAGGGAAUAUUUAAAUAAAUCAUGUUAGAACAGUU